GGUACUGGAGGUUGAAGGAGGGUAGACACUCGCCUACCGUUGUCCUCACAAUCUACAGUCGAGCCUUGAGAAUCCAAAGAAGGCAUUAGAGAAAUCAUUACUAAUGGAGGUCGUUUGCCCCAUAGAUGCCCAAUUCCCUCAGCAAAUCUCUCUUCUCCUCGAACCACCUUCAUCUCUUCAAGUUCAGGAGUAUUUUGAUGACCUUAUAACAAGUAAACAACGCCAUGGGAUUCAAGUCAAACCAACUAACGACCAUGGAAAAGGUGUUUAUGUCGACCUAGACUUUGAAGAAGGGGAUCUUGUUUUGAAGGACCAAAUGCUUUUCGGCGUGCAACAUUCUUCAAAUAAGAUUGAUUGUCUUGUCUGUAGUUUCUGCUUCCGUUUUAUUGGCUCAAUCGAACUUCAAAUUGGGAGGAAGCUCUAUCUGCAGGGUUUAGGAAACCCGAAAGAUUGUUUUGAUUUGGCAUCCUCAGAUGGUUCUGACAAGGAAGAUCAGCUAGAGUUUCAGCAGUGUUCUUCUACCAGUUCUAGAAAUAAAUUUCAGGUUCCUACUGAGCGUGUGGAAUCAUUAAUGCAAGAGAAAUUAGCAUUGCCAUACUCGAUGAAGUUUCCAUUGCCUUCAGUUAACAUUUGCCCUGGUGGAUGUAAAGAAGCUUACUACUGUAGCAAAUCUUGUGCACAGGCUGAUUGGGAUUUAUGCCAUUCUCUACUUUGUACCGGAGAGGAGUCAAAAUCAUUGUCCAAGAAGGCACUUUCAAGAUUCAUAGAACAUGCUAAUGAGACAAAUGAUAUUUUCCUUCUUGCUGCUAAGGCGAUUUGCUGUACAAUUUUGAAGUAUAGGAAGUUGAAAGCAGCAUGCAGCAAAGAGAAAGAGAAGAAUUCUAUUUCUAAUGGUUUAAGCAACCACAAUUUUGCUCUUCUUUUGAAGGCUUGGAAGCCUAUAUCAAUGGGAUACAAGAGGAGGUGGUGGGACUGCGUGGCUUUGCCAGAUGAUGUUGAUACUUCUGAUGAAACUGCAUUUAGAAUGCAAAUAAGGCAGCUGGCAUUUGAGUCACUGGAACUCCUGAAGGCAGCAAUAUUUGACGAGGAAUGUUCACCAUUAUUCUCACUAGAGGUGUAUGGGCAUAUUAUUGGCAUGUUUGAGCUGAAUAAUCUUGAUUUAGUUGUAGCAUCUCCGGUGGAGGAUUACUUUUUGUAUAUAGAUGAUCUACCAGAAGCUGAAAAGAAAGAAGCUGGUGAGAUGACGCGACCUUUUCUUGAUGCCCUUGGGGAGGACUAUUCAGUUUGUUGCCAAGGCACAGCAUUUUUCCCUAUCCAGAGUUGUAUGAACCAUUCCUGUUGUCCGAGUGCUAAAGCUUUUAAACGAGAUGAGGACAGAGAUGGGCAAGCAGCCAUAAUUGCAUGCAGACCAAUUACAAAGGGAGAAGAGGUUACUAUAUCAUACAUUGAUGAAGACCUACAACUUGAAGAGAGACAAGCAUUGCUUGCAGAUUAUGGAUUCAGGUGUAAAUGCCCCAGAUGUACUCAAGAAGAAGCAGGCCUAGUUUACACCAAAAUUCAAUAGCUGCUCCAUUAACGAACCUUCAAAACCGAAAAAAGUAACUAUUUUGUUUUAAUAUUAUAGCAAUUUUGCGUGGUAUUUCAUUUGGGGCAAAGAAUGCGGAGUUUGAAACUUAUUUUUAUAGCCGAAAAUGUUGUUGAUAUUGUG